AUGGAAGCCAAUUUCUUACGGCAACAGGCAUUGCCUGAGACCAUGCUACGACAGGAUGUGAUUGCCAGUGACCAAGACAUGAAUAAUUUGUGGGAAUGUGAUGUCUGUUCUUUUAAGAGCUACGAUGCUCAUAACACUUGCAUGCUUUGUGGCACUGAUCGCUCUUUUCGAUUGAUCGAAAAUACAAAUAGAUUAGCAAGUGGGUCUGGCAGUGAACACAGCAACAUGCCGUCAUCUGCCUCUAAUGCCAAAUAUAUGCUUUAUAUGGAAGAAAAGGAAAAUGCGAUGACUCGUAGUGCAGUAAACCGGGGUCCUCCUAUUGGGUCUAAGUCAAUGGCUAGGUCGAAUCGUGAAAUGUUUAAGCGGAAGCUUAGUGCACUUAAUCUUCGGCAGCAAUCGGCGCGGCGUCGACACGAGUGGUCGCGCGAACGUAACGACGACGGAGAAUUGGUCUGGGUUAGAAAAAAAUAUUUUAUGGACCGCAAGGCACUUAAAACUCUUCGAAAUAUGGACAGUUUGCGGAGCCAAUCGUCAGUGUCUUUGCGCGACUCGAUCCUAUCAAACGGAAGUGUAAAUUCGGUCGGUAUAGUGUCGAAGAUUGUAAUAUCGCCUAAGAACCCGACGGGUCGAUUGUCUCUUGAGACGGCCGAAGGUGCUCGAGCCUUUCGCUGCUCCGACAGUUCGGAGUUCUCGCAAGAUGAAUUGGGGCAGGUCGCAUCGCUUCCAUUUCAGCAAAAACACGCAUGGUUUGUUCAGCACACUGCUGCAAUGGAGGUUCCUUGGGAAUACGGACACUUAUUGCUUGAAAUUGAACGGGAUAAUUUACUUCACAAUUCGUGCGAGCAAUUAUUAUGGGCGACUCCAGCUCAGUUGCACCAAUCGCUUCGGAUAAAAUUUGCUAAUGAACCGGGAGUGGAUGCAGGUGGUUUGGUGCGCGAGUGGUUUACUUUAAUGACAAAAGAAGUAUUUGACGAUGCGACGGGUCUGUUUUGCAGAAGUGGAAAUGGUGAUGGUCUCAUGAUCAACCCCGCCUCCGCUGAAGCUAGUGUCGACCACCUGAUGUAUUUUCAAGCUAUUGGUCGCUUCAUCGGACGAGCGCUUUUUGAAGGGAUUCUCAUCGAUGCGCACUUAGCAAUUCCGGUGUGUAAGCAUAUUCUCGGUGUUCCCAUUACUUUUUCGGACCUUCAAUUCGUGGAUAAUGACUUAUACAAAAAUCUUAAAUGGUUGCGAGACAAUACUGGCGUGGAAUCGUUGGCCCUUGAUUUUACGGUUAAUGUCGACCAAAUGCCGGACAAAAUGAAGGUGGUAGACUUGUUACCAAACGGUUCCGACAUUCCUGUUACUGAUGACAACAAGAUGGAGUACAUAACCUUGCGCUUCAAGUGGGUCGUUGCAACCAGCAUUUCCCAGCAACUUGGCUCAAUAAUGCAAGGACUUUUUUCUAUAAUUCCUGUGGAGCUGCUCUCUGUCUUUGAUCAUCAAGAGUUAGAACUCCUUAUAUGUGGCAUUCCCGACAUCGACGUUCAAGACUGGAAAACUCACACUACAUAUGUGGGGGAGCGCGAUGAGCGUGUUAUCACGUGGUUUUGGAAUUGUGUACAUGAAUUUUCGAAUGAGCAGAAAGCACGUUUGCUUCAAUUUACAACUGGUUCAGCUCGGGUACCUGUGCAAGGCUUUAAGGCACUAACCAUGAAUGACGGACGCAUUUGUCCUUUUGCGAUCCAAUGUGUAAACGCGGAUGAGUGCUUAUAUCCGCGAGCCCACACAUGCUUCAAUCGCAUCGAUUUGCCACGAUAUAGCGUCGAAAAGGACUUGCGCAUUGCGCUAUCCCUCGUGAUUCAAAUGGAAGUUACUGGUUUUACGAUUGAAUAA